GCAAAGCAAACCGAAGCCGGUUUCAUAUGAGAUCGCACCCCGCUGCGCUGCUGCUCCUCCUUCCUCCGGCUCCCUUUCCUCCGCAGCUCGAAUAAAGCCCCCUCCUCCUCUUCCAGUCUUCCUCCUCCGCGCUUCAGUCUUCCCAGCGCCACGAUUCCGGUUCUUGCAGAGUAGCGCAGAGUGCCGGAGGAAUCUGUUGGAUUCUCCUGCUACUGGUUCGGUUCUUUGGGAGUUGUUGGCGGUGUGCCUUGAGCGAUUUGGUGCGCCGCGGAUUGUUGUGGGGUGAGGGUGAUAGCAGAGACAAGGGCCGUGUGGAGAGCCGAGGAGGAGGGAAGGGAAAGGGGGCGCACCGCGCAUGGGCGGGCAGUGGCUGGGGGAGGGGAUGCCGCCGUCCAACCUGCAGUGCUUCUUGGACUGCACCACCCCCACCGUGGACACGCACAUUCUCCCCAAGGGCCGCUAGCUAGUAGUACUACUCUGUUCCUAUCUGAAAGUGAGUCGCCGUUCGGUUGCAUCCAGACGAAUGGACGUUUGCCAGCCGAUGCUUGGCACCACGCUGAGAUGGACAGCGUCGAGUACUUCAAUCUUUCCGACCUCUGGGAACAGUACUACGAGUGGAGCGCGUACGGCGCCGGAGCUACGGUGCAGCUCCCAGGAGGGGAGAGAGUAGUUCAGUACUAUGUUCCAUACCUGUCCGGGAUGCAGCUAUUCACCAACAAGGUCCUGACGGCAUCCAGGAGUUUUGGUGAAGAUAAUGGCAUGGAUUUCUGGAGUGAUGAUGAGGACAACGAGAAGAUGUCAAGAUCGUGGAGUUCGACUUCUGAUGAAUCAUUGUUCAACUGUGAUGUGGUAUGGCCCAACAGGAAGCGUCCAGGGCACUUGUCCUUUGAGUUCUUUGAAGUAGGUUCACCUUACGGAAGGGUCCCGUUCAUUGACAAGGUCUAUGAACUAUCCCAGGGCUUUCCUGGAUUGACAUUACUGAAGAGUGCUGACCUAUCGCCUGUUAGCUGGAUGUCAGUUGCCUGGUACCCUAUAUACCACAUUCCUUACCAGCGUAGCGUGAAGGAUUUAUCUGCAUGCUUCUUGACUUACCAUACUAUUUCCUCCUCGUUCCAAGAUUACGGGCUCGAGACCAUGACCAAUGAUUGUUGCCAUCCAGUUGCCGACGGCAAGCAGAAUGGCCACAUGGAUAAAAAGAGUAACACCGUGUCACUGCCUCCAUUCGGCCUCGCAGCACACAAGGUACAUGGUUCCCUCUGGACCAACCCCAUGACAGGAGAUCACAGAAAGAUGGACUUCCUCUUCAGUGCAGCGGACUCCUGGUUGAAGCAGCUUGGAGUCCAGCACCAUGACUUCAACUUCUUCAUCACUCACCCCAUGUGAACCGCUGCUCUGGAACAGCUUCCGAAGAACCACAUGGACGCAGUGUGAAGCUACUAAUGUUACUUACACCACCAACGACGGUAGCAAAACGUUCACAGUACAGUCCGUUGGUAAAGUAAGUCUAACAAUCGCAGGGUAGAUUUAUACUUGAGUUUACUGCAGCGAAUACCAAACAUGUCGGCAGUCGGCACUCAAAAGGUUUUCUGUUUCUUGUUUCUUGGCAGAAAGAUGUAACAGAUCUGUACAGAAGUUUUGCAACUAAUUUGGUAUCCAUUGUGGGGUUGGGUAUUUGGAUCCA